CAACAACACACGCCCAGCCCACGCCGCCAUUAACGCCCCAACUGCCCUGGCCGCCGAAAUGGUCAACCGCUCCGACGUCACCUACUUUGGUGCUGGCCCCGCCCCGCUCCCCACCACUGUGCUCGAAAGAGCCUCGCAGGCACUGCUCAACUACCGCGACAAGGGCAUUGGGCUCUGCGAGAUCUCGCAUCGCUCGCCCGAGGCCAACGAGAUCCUCGCAGACACCAAGAAGGCCUUGGCCGAGCUGCUGGAAAUCCCCGACGACUACGAGAUCCUCUUCCUCCAGAGCGGCGGCAGUGGCGAGUUCAGCGCGACCGUGUACAAUCUCGUGUCCAUCUGGGUCGAGAAGCAGCGCGCCAAAAUUGCCCACGACGUGGGCGACGACAAGGACGAGGUGCUCAAGAGGCUCCGCAAGGUUGUGGAUGGAGAGCUCAAGCUCGACUACCUCGUCACGGGCUCAUGGUCGCUCAAGGCGUCGCAAGAAGCUGCUCGCCUCGUAGGAGCCAACCAUGUCAACGUGGCCGCCGAUGCGCGCAAGGCCAACAAUGGCAAGUUCGGCAAGAUCCCCCCAGAGGACCAGUGGAGCCUCACGCCGCGGUCCGCCGGCGGGCCUGCAUUUGUCUACUUCUGUGACAACGAGACCGUCGAUGGAGUCGAGUUUCCCGACUUCCCGCAGAGCCUCCAAGGCGACGACGCGCCUCUGGUCUGUGCCGACAUGUCGUCCAACUUUAUUUCCCGAAGGGUCGACGUGCGCAAGUACGCAGUCAUCUUUGGUGGCGCGCAAAAGAACAUUGGCAAUACUGGCAUCGCUAUUGUCAUCAUGCGGAAGUCACUCCUUCCGCCUCACUCGACACCGGCUUCAGCGGACCUGUUGAGGGAGCUGAACUUGGCCGUGGGCCCCAUUGUGCUCGACUAUCCUACCAUUGCGAAAAAUAACUCACUCUACAACACCCUGCCCAUUUUUGACGUGUGGGUUGCGGGUCAAGUCAUGUCUGGACUCGUCACCACCUACGGCGCGAAGCGUAUCGGUGGCCAGGAAGACAUUUCCAACGAAAAGGCCCGGCUCAUCUACGAGAUCCUUGACAGGUAUCCAGACAUCUAUCAAGUCGUUCCAGACAAGUCAGCACGCAGCAGGAUGAACAUUUGCUUUCGAGUCCACGGCGGGGCUGAGGACAAGGAAAAGGCUUUCCUUGCAGGCGCAGAAAAGAAGGGCUUGCUAGGGUUGAAGGGCCAUCGGAGCGUCGGUGGAAUUCGUGCCAGCAACUACAAUGCAGUGACGCUAGACGGCGCAAAGCUGCUCGUUUCAUAUCUUGAAGAGUACGCAAAGUCGACAUAAGCAAAGAGGUUGCGCGAGAUUACAUGAACAAAAAAAAGAGUUUAGAUAUUACUAUGCAGUAGGAAAAGCCCUCAUUUCCCAGCAGUACCUCUGUGUGGCAUUGGUGUCAUUCAACAGCCACUGAUAUGCUGCAACGUACAUAUCCAAUCCAUUAUCCCUCCUGGUUAUCCCGGUUUACCAUGACUACAUACAGCCACCACCAGA